AUGACUGUCCACGGCUACGCGACCAACGACCGUCGGCGGGUGCUUCUGGCCAAGGCGACCACCCUGCGCGAGCUACCGAGCCACUUCGGGCGUGAGCUGCAGCAGUCGCGCAUGACUGACGACUACGGCUUCGCCUUCUCCGAGAGCGACCUCGACCAGCCCCUGUGGAAGUUCAGCCACAACUGCUCGCUCUCGGUCGCCUUUGUGCACACCCACAUCGACGAGGCCAAGCAAGCGGUCGAGAGGGGCGCCAAGUCCUGGCACUCCAGUCGCUGGGGCACCAGGGGGACUCCCACCACCAACGUUGCUAGCGCCACCGCGCCCGCACCUGCCAAGUUGUAG